CUUUUGUUGGCUCACCUGGUGUCUCCUCUGUCAUCCCUCCCUCUCGCACACCAGCAGCCAUCCCGACUGGCUCACUCCUCACAGAUCUCGCCCAGAGUAUCUCACAUGUGGCAACUAAUGUCACAAAUAUUGUAACUACCAAAUUAUUAGCGGUGGAAGACUACACUACCUGGCGUACAUAGUUCGAAUCGUUUUUGGUGUCCCAAGCUCUCCUGGACAUGGUUGAUGGCUCCAUUCAGGUACCCCCUGCUUAUUCCAUAGAUGUUCUUAACCGUCAAACUCACAAUCCCGAAUUUUCUACUUGGUUAAGAAUUGAUCAAACCAUCCGUUCAUGGUUAUUUGCAACCCUAUCUAGGGAUGUUCUUAUCGAUGUACGUGAUUUAAAACAUUCAUAUGAAAUUUGGGAGCGGUUGGAGUCUCGGUUUAUGUCUGCUAGUUUAGCGAGAUCUAUGGAAUUAAAGCGUUUAUUUAAUCAAAUUAAAAAGAAAUUUGAUCAGUCCAUGGAUAAUUAUUUGCGAGAAAUUAAAACAUUAGCUGAUGAUCUUGCCACAAUCAAUUGCCCUGUGCCUCAGCGUGAAAUUUUAAAAACUACUAUUAUGGGUCUAGGACCUGAGUAUGAAUCUUUAUACACUACUGUGUCCUUAUUUGGACAAAAUUUCUCGUUUGAGACUCUCCGUAAUCAUCUUCUUGAGUUAGAGCAGCGGGUCCUUUAUCUCCGCUCCCAGGAGUCCCAAUCCAUUCAUCAGGCGUUUGGCGCGGCUGUUUCAUAUCCCAGGCAGUCGUCUGGGCAGCAUCCAACCCAGCCGAAUUCAGGAUCCACUCACCCGGUCGGGCAGCAGACUUACCCGGUCGGGCAGGCUCGGCAGAACGGCGCUCCACAGCGCGGGCGAGGACGUGGGCGCGGCAGAGGCCGCGGAGGCAGGGGGCGUGGCCGAGGACAGCAGCAGCAGGCAUAUUGGUUCCCCCAGGGGCAUCCAGUUUAUUACCCCGGAGGGGGUGGGCAGCCGAGUACUCCUGCAGGGGGUGUAACAUCUACGGGUACUGUUAUUUGUAAUUCUGCUGUGUCACGUUUAAAUAUUAAUGCUUUACCUAUCUGUGUUGCUAACAGUAGUCAUACAGGCUUGCCAUCAGACGGAGGUAUUCUCGGAUCUGUUCCCCAUCCUGUUGUCUGUCAAAUUUGUUUUUCUGCAGGUCAUUCUGCCAUUAACUGUCCUUCUCGUUUCACACAACCGACGUCUCCUGCUCUGUUGACUACUCCCGGUGACACUACUCCUGCUCUAUGGUUUCCUGAUUCAGGAGCUUCUGCUCAUAUGACUGCAUCUGAAGGACAAAGCAACGGGGGCAAUACUUCUGCGAGCUACUAGUAGUGGACCACUUUAUCCUCUUCAUCUGCCGUCUGCAUCACCAUUAGUUUUUGCUUCCAUUUUAGCUUCUGGCCCUGUGUGGCACCGUAGAUUAGGUCACUGUGGUGAUAGUACUUUACAGUUUCUUAAGAGAAAACAAUUUUUAUGUAGUCAUACUCCCUUUACUCAUGAGUGUGUGGC